UCACAAAACAUACGUAUCACAAUAACCUUUGGAAGCACGUUGUUAAUAACCAGAAGGGGCCAGAGAAAGCCUCCUGUCACAUUUGUACAGCAAUUUAAAAGGCGUCCUCAUCCAUACUUGGACUCGCACAACCCUGUGAAGCACCCACAGGAGAAACCCGACCCACCGAGCUCAGGAAUGAUUGACUAAGGCGGAGUCAGGACUCUAGCUUCCGCCUCCCGGUCCAGGGCUCCUACCCCGGCACCCCUUGGCAACCGUGAUUGGCGUUGGGGCUCUGGGUUUCCUUUUCUUCAUCCUCAUUACAUUUGCAAACCCAGCCCAGACACGCAGGCGGGCGGCAAGGGGGAAGUACGCGGAGAGGCGCAGGUGCCGGCGGCGGCGGACAAGCGCGGCGCCGUAAGCCCGGCGACCAUAGAGUCCGGAAGUGCGGCCAGAGCAGCUCCCGGGGGGCGCCGCCAGGUCACUAGUCAGGACCAGCGAGGGCCGCGCCCGGGCAGGCAGGAUGGCUGCAGUGCUGGCCGUCAAGGUGGUCGCGGGGCUGGCGGCCGCGGCGCUCGCGGCAGUGCUCUUGGAGCACUACGGUCUGGCUGGCCCGCCCUCGCCGCUGCCCCAGCUCCGCGCCCGCCGGAGCCGGCACCCCGCGCCGGGCCCCGAGGCCAGCAACAUCUUCUGGGGUCUGCAGAUAUCCGACAUUCACCUGAGCAGGUUUCGCGAUCCAGGCAGAGCUGUAGACUUAGAGAAGUUCUGUUCUGAAACAAUUGACAUCAUUCAACCAGCUCUCGUCCUAGCAACAGGAGACCUGACAGAUGCCAGAACAAAGCAACACUGGGGAUCCAGGCAGCAUGAGGUAGAAUGGCAGACUUACCAGAGUAUUCUGAAGAAGACAAGGGUCAUGGAGAAAACCAAGUGGCUCGAUGUCAAAGGAAAUCAUGAUACAUUCAACAUUCCAAGUCUGGAGAGUGUUGAGAAUUACUACAGGAAAUAUUCUGCCGUACUUAGGGAUGGCUCUUUCCAUUAUGUCCACAAUACUCCGUUUGGCAACUAUUCUUUCAUCUCUUUGGAUGCCAGUCAAAAUCCAGGGCCUAAGAGACCCUAUAAUUUCUUUGGAAUUUUAGAUGAGAAACGGAUGGAAGAGCUUUUAUUACUGGCCAAGGAAAGUAGUCAGAGCAACCACAGUAUUUGGUUUGGACACUUUACGACAUCCACUAUCCUUUCUCCAUCACCAGGAAUUCGGUCAAUAAUGAGUUCAGCUACAGCUUAUUUGUGUGGGCACCUCCAUACACUCGGUGGACUGAUGCCUGUUUUGCAUACUCGGCACUUCCAGGGCACUUUGGAACUUGAGGUGGGAGACUGGAAGGAUAACAGAAGGUACCGGAUCUUUGCUUUUGAUCAUGACCUCUUUAGCUUUGCAGAUUUGAUCUUUGGCGAGUGGCCUGUGGUUCUUAUCACCAAUCCUAAGUCACUCCUCUAUAGUUGUGCUAACCAUGAACCACUAGAAAGACUCCUCCACUCAACACAUAUCAGAGUCUUGGCCUUUUCCUUAUCCUCCAUUACUUCUGUCACAGUUAAGAUUGAUGGAGUUCAUUUAGGGCAAGCUAUUCAUUUGUCUGGUCCUAUUUUCAUACUGAAGUGGAACCCAAGAAACUAUAGUAAUAGGACACAUAACAUAGAAGUAAUCGUCCAGGAUUCUGCUGGAAGAAGUAAGAGUGUUCAGCACAUAUUUUCUCUUCAAGAGGGUAUUCAUCUCAGAUUUGAUCCCCUGGCAUCAUUUAUUCUCCUUACUGACCACUGCACCGUGGCUCGGGUCCUUUUUGUAAUGAUUGUGCUGAUCCAGCUCACCAUUCUCAUUACUUUUAGGCAUCGAGGAUAUCCAGAGCAUAAAGGACCUCCAGGACUUAUAAAUUUGACUUCAUUUUCCCUUCAUGUCUUGAGCAAAAUAAACAUCUUCUACUAUUCUGUGUUGUUGCUGACCCUAUAUAUAGUGCUUGGACCAUGGUUUGUUGGUGAAAUCAUUAAGGGCAAAUUGGGUUGCUGCUUUUCCUUUGGGAUCUUUGUUGAUGGACAUUUCCUACAAGGCAGCAUAACAUUUAUAGUUGGAGUUCUUCAGCUGGUGUUUUUUAACAUCCCCUUGAUGGCUUACCUGUGUUGGAGCUUGCUGCAGCGGUGCUUUGGUCACAACUUCAGGUCUCAUCUCCGUCAAGGAAGAUACUUGAAAGUCAUACUUGUUCACCUGCUAAUGGUACUGCUGUACAUCUGGCAGAUUUAUUCCUGCUAUGUUCUUCAUAUGACGUAUGGCACUUUAGCUUUUUUAUUCUCCCCACUGCGGACCUGGUUGACACUGCUGACACCUGUUUUCAUUCGUUGUGUGUGGACACUGAACUCUACUGAGCUUGGAACCUUCAUAGUGCAGUUAAAAAGCCACCUGAGCUCCUGAAGGCCAUCUCACCACCCGCCUGUCAGUAGCCCAGGCCUCUGCCCCAGCAACAGGUGAAAGGCCAGUAUUGGUGGGCUGCUGCUGCUUGGAUGGUUGGGAGUUGGGGGGAUUACCCACUACUGAUUUCUGCAGCAUGGACUGCAGAAAAGUGUCUAAAUGAUGUUGAUUCCUUCCUUCCCCAAGAAGGCAAAGGGUUGAUUUACAUUUGUGAAGAGAAAGCCCUAAUCUAGGAGAUCCACACGGCAGGGACUGGGUGUAUGGGAGUAUCUGAGGCCGAGUGUGUUUUUUAAGAUUACCUCAUGUAAAGUAUCUAGCACAGUGUCUGGAACUCAGCAGCCAUUACGGGUGCCACUUUAGGGGCGGAGAACCACUGCGAACUUGGGCCCGACCCUGACUACGCUUGAGAUAUUAGCUCCCAGUCCUCUUUUCCCGCAGGGUUAUGGGUUCUCUGCUCCCUUAGUCGGGGGUGUUUUCAACUAAUCAAAUAAAUGAAUAACGAAUAAGAA